AAACAUUUUCAUAUCUCCUCUCAUUAAGGACUAUGAUUUUAAGGUGAGAGGAGUUGGACAGUAAGGACUCUGAUCUUUCAGUGUGGAAAGGAGUUGGACAGUAAGGACUCUGAUCUUUCUGUGUGGAAAGGAGUUGGACAGUAAGGACUCUGAUCUUUAAGUUACUCUUUCAUCCAGCUGAUAAAUACGAGAGACACCGUACUUUUUUUAAUCCAAGUACGAAGCAAAGAAGAAGGAAAACUUGGAUGAAAUGGAUAGAGAAGUGGAGAAAAGUGAAGAAAAAAUACAAACUUAAAUGAUAUCACAAAAUAAGAUCAGUGGAGAAAUCAACAAACAUGGGAUCUUCUUUGACUUUCAUCAAUUUAGCUUCAUUUUUGACCUACGCUUCAAUAUAUAAUCGCAAACAGUCAUUCACUUUGAUUAAUCGUAUAUCUAAUUGUCCCCGUCAAGGCUAUAUAGACAGUUUGUCUGAACGGGGGUUCUACUUCGACUGGAUGCGCAAAGGAACUAGACAGCAUAGAUUUAGUAUUGUUUGUUAUCACUGUCGUCAAAGAUGGAUAUGUAACAAUACAAAUACAGAACUAUGGGAAACGAAUGAGUUUCAGGAAAUUGACGAGCACCAAUGUAACAAGAAAUUAUUAAUAGAUGAUGAAACUACAAAACUAAUUAUUGCAAUAAUCAUGUAUUAUUGCAAAAUUAAUACAAGAUACUUGAAAAAAUUUCAUGGAGAACUAACAAAAAUGAAAAUAAUGCAAAAUCGCUUAGAUUCCUUUAUAAGUCACUCCUGUUUUAUACGGAAAGAGAAUUAUACCAGAUAUAACCGCACCUUUUAUUUGUAUAAUACUCUUGAGGAUUACCCCCCUACAUUUAGAUGUACAUGCUGCUACUUUAAUUUACCAUUACCAUAUUUAGAAUCAGCCGGCGAUGAUAUUAUAGAUAUUCAUAAUGAAUAUUUAGAAGAACAAAAAAAUGAAAUGGAACUCCCGGCAGAUUUUUCAUUAGAAAUUUAUAUUAAUAAAAUAAUUCAAAAUAAUUUCAUACAACAUAACACAAACACUAAUAAUUGGAAAUUUAUGAUGGACAAAAUCUACCACACUGGUAAUAUAUAUUUAACUAAAGAGGAAUUUUUAGAUGAUAUUGUAAUACACAAUAAAAUUGAAAAUGAGAGAGAAAAGGAUAAAGAAGAAGAAGAGGAGGAGGAGGAGGAGGAGGAGGAGGAAUAUGAAUCUGAAACGGAAAGAGAAGUAAAUUUCCUUGUUGAAAAUUUGAACCCGUCACAAAUUGUAUUACCUACAAUGGAUAUUCAGCGGAAAAAUGUUAAAAAAAUUCGGAUGAACACAGAAUCAGAUGAGCCCAAUUCCCCGGUAGAGAAAACUCCUCCUCAUCCUCCUCCUCAUCCCCCUCCUCCUUCUUCUUCCCCAAACCUUUUUCCACAAGUUCUUACUGAUACUACUACUUUGGAUAUUGAUACUGAUAAUCUUAUUACUGGUAUUGCUACUAAUAAUAAUAUUACUGAUAUUGCUACUGAUAAUAUUAUUAGUGGUACUGCUAAUGUUAUUACUGAUACACCUGUAUCUUCAUAUCCUGAUUGUUUGUUUCUUCCUAAUCUCUCUUCACCCUUUCCUUCUACCUCUACCACUAUAUCUCCUAAAUCUCCUAAAAGAAAAAUUAUAAUACAAGUAACACAAAAUGAUAAAAGAAAAAAAAAUAAUAAUUAUGACCAAGAAAUGUUAGAGGAAUUUCCUAAAAAAUUAAAAGAAGAAAUGAAAGAAGAAAGACUAUCAAUUCAACAACUUUCACCAACAAUCCAAAAAGCUUCACCAUUUACACCAAUUGAACAACCUUCACCAAUUACACAAAUUCAACAACCAUCAUCAUCAAUGUCAAUCCAACAACCUAAACCAAUUACACAAAUGUCAAGUCAAUUACCUUUGCCACCAGCCUCAGUUCAACCACCAUUGGCUUCGACAGUUGUUGGACAACCAUCGACGGUUGUUGAACGGCCGUCGACGGUUGUUGGGCAACUAUCGAUAGUUGUUGGGCAACUAUCGACGGUUGUUGGGGAACUAUCGACGGUUGUUGAACGGCCGUCGACGGUUGUUGGGCAACUAUCGACAGUUGUUGGGCAACUAUCGACGGUUGUUGGGGAACUAUCGACGGUUGUUGAACGGCCGUCGACGGUUGUUGGGCUACCAUCGACAGUUGUUGAACAACCAUCUACGGUUGUUGAACAAUCGUCGACUGUUGUCGAACAACCAUCUACGGUUGUUGAACAAUCGUCGACAGUUGUUGAACAACCAUCUACGGUUGUUGAACAAUCGUCGACAGUUGUUGAACAACCAUCUACGGUUGUUGAACAAUCGUCGACUGCUGUCGAACAACCAUCUACGGUUGUUGAACAAUCGUCGAUGGUGCUGUUGAACAACCAUCUACGGCUGUUGGAACAAUCGUCGACAGUUGUUGAACAACCAUCUACGGGUUGUUGA